UGGAUGGCAAGGCCAAGACCCCUUUUUUUAGAAACUCCUCUUUUAAUCUUAAAAUUCGAUUUUAAUUUUCAAUUUCCAGCCGAAUGCCGUUUUUAUAUUCCACCGAAUAUCCGUCGUCAUUUAAAUGCUAGAAUACUCGAAGAGAAUCUUGGUGCUGCAAAUUUGGAGAAUUUAGAACGUUGUACUCAAUGCAAUUUUUCAAUGAUCAUCGACAUUCCAUAUCAACAAUUGCGAGUUUUUUCGUGCCAAAAAUGUAAGGCGCAACACUGCCGAAAGUGCAAACAUGCUUGGGAUGAUAUUCAUUUUGGGAGGAACUGUGAAGAUUUACUUAAUGUGGCUGAGGAACGAAAACAUAAUUUGUUGGUUUUUAUUUUAAAUUUAAUUUUGGGGAAAAAAUUUAUUGGUUUCCAUAAAUUAUUAACUUCAAACUUUUCCCCACGCUGUGCUUAUUUAUUUAGAAGUCGCUUUGUUUGUUGCGACACGAAAUAA